AAUACUUCACAGACAAUUCAGUAUGUAUUUUUAAACUGAUGGGUAAACAAUCAUAGUAGUUAAAGGGAUUUUCUGUGAACAGUCAAGUCAUUGACAGCCGGGAACAGAGUGUAUCAGGUCUGGAGUUCCUGGUUCCACGUGUAGCAUUUCCAGUAUUGUUCAGUCAUCUGAAGUAACAUUUUUCAAUUUUUUUUUUUUUCUUUAGUGGGAUGAAGAAUGCACCUAAUUCUGCCACUAGUAGAGGUUAUUUAAAAACUGUAUAGCAAAGUGUAGCUAAUUUGGGAUUAAAAAGCUUCCUCUGUGAGAAUUAAAGGCAAUUUUAUAGAUAUACCAUUAGUAAAUUAGAGCUUUUCUUAUGGUGCAAUUUGAGCAUAUUUAAGAAUGAAGCUUCAUAUUGAAAAACACUGGUGACAUCUAGCCUAAAAUAAAUUAUAAUUAAUCUUUUCGUAAUGCAGAUAUAUCACAAUUGGAAGGUGAUUUUAGUCUUUAAUGUUACAGCAUUUGAGAUUAUAGAUAAAAGUACUUAGUCCCUGCACCUGGAAAAGCUGAAGUAGCUAUUAAAAGAGUGGUUCUGUUUUGCAUUAUGGUCAAAGGCCUCCUUUGGAUACUGCAGUGAAACCUUUUUUCUUCCAGUGCAGUUGUUCUAGCAAGCUAGCCUGUUUCCAGUCCACAGUUAUCAACUGCAUUUUUAAGUUUUGUAUGUGUGCUUAAAUUGAUAUUUUUAGCAGAAGACAAACCUCUAGUGACAGUCACUGGUGUGUACGUGAGUAGUACUUUUGCCAAGAAGGUGACCAGUGUGUAACUCUGAUUUAAGCUAGUCUAGUCAAACUCUCCUUUUUUAGUAUUGCCUACACUUUUACAAAAGUAUGUUAGUUUACACUUGCUUUUGAAUUAGUGGGAUGCUUAAAAGCUACUUUGAAGAAAACCACGAGAUAUACAUAGUUCAAAUCAUAUCAGAAUUUACAAAUGAAGAAAUAUUCUGCACGUGUCGUGCUAGUGGAAGACUAGAUGUGAAUAUAAAAGGGAGAAAAAAUGUCCUAACUUCUCUCACUGGAAGUCCUGAAGGUACCGCAAGCCUUAGGUGGCUUUAAGCUUCAUCAGUGAGUGCAAUGGAAGAUGGAUUCAUGUAGUUGAGCAAUCUCUGCUGUCUUCCUCCACUAUGUUUUCAUAAUACUAACACAACCUCUCAGAAAAUUAUUUUUUAAAAAAUCUCGUUGUGGGAUUAACUCCAGUGAGAUCUUCCAGUUAAGAAGGACAUGAAAGUUUUUAUAUCCAUUGAAUUCAGAGUAACUUCCUUUCAUGUGUGUGGUGUUUGCAGUUUGGUUUUGCAUAGAUGUGAUCUUACAAUGGGAAUGGUGUAAUAAAUGACACUUUAUUUUUUUAAAGGUAUGCUAAUCUGAAGAAUACAGUUUGGUUUGUUGAUGUUCUGAGCCAUUCAGGUUCUCAUGUUUCUAUCAAAGAAAAUGAUGUUAAUAUUUGAUGGCAUGAACCAAUCAAUAAGUCGCAGACCCAACAGUUGAUUCCUUAAGGUAGCUGGUCUUUUCUUAGGUUAACUGUUGAAAUCAAUACUGAUUUCUCAUUGGAAGUACCGAAUGUUGUGUUUUUUAUAGCUGUAUAUAAACCUUCACAGUUUGUUGCCCUCAGUGUAACAUUUCUAAAGAGUAGUGCUUUCACUGAGUAAUAAGCAAGGAGGAGUAUACAGAUGAAUGACAAGAAAGCAUUGCUGAUGGAGCUUUUCAAAAGUGAGGCUUCCCAGUUUGUAAUGCACUUUGAGGUGCAUCAAGGUGUAGUCACCACUUGGGUGCAAAUGGCAUUGAGGGAUAUCAGGUAGUGGUCACAUCUCAGCAAGCUCAAACUACCUUCAGUGAUGGCCUGUGCUAAAGCAGGUGCUGGAGUAGCUAAAAUGAUCCCAUAGUUUUACUGGGCAGUUAGUUAAAACCAGCUGGGAUAGUAACUGUGGUACAGCUGCAGGUAGGUGAUCCAGUCUCUAUUUUAAGUCUUUGGAAGAAUGAGAGACAGGCACGCAUAAUGUGUUCUAAGCAUCUCUUAAAUGUCUAAAUCCUUUUGGAGAAACCUUUUUCUGUUUUAAUACAUGAAGAUGAAAACAUGUAAGGUUCAAAUUCUAUAUGCAGUUUAAACAUACAAGGACACAUUAGCUUAGCAAUUCAGGUUUUAGGAUCAGAUGUCUGGGUGUAGUUAGAGCCCAGUAAUCAGGCAUCUAUCUUAUAGUCUUGGUAAUUUCUUUGUAAAGAAAUGCCUUGCUACUGAACAGGUGUUCAGUCUAUCCUAGAAUCUAGCUAAAAUAUACGUAUUGGGGAAAAAAAAAUGAAGACUACACCCCCUACCUCCUCAUCUCCAAAAGGUGCUUAGGAGAGGACUAGAAUAUUCAACACUUUCUGGGAGCAUGCAGGUUAAAUAAGUGAUAGGUGUUGAAUUCUUAGAUAUGGGGCAAGUGAGAUGAAUGUGAUAAUCUUGGAACUUCUUAACGAUGUAGAGAGAUCUCAAGUUUCACAAAUAAACUUGUAUGUAAUGUUCAGUUUAAAAAAGGACAUGUCCUGACUCAGACAUCUUGAAGGGCAAAAAGUGUCCCUGUGAAAAGGAAAACUUACAGGGUCUUCUGUAGAUGUCUUCGUUCUUUCUAAAGCAGUGACAGCCAAGGAAUUUCCUCAGAGGAAUACAAUGGAGUAUAUUUGUCUUGUAUCUAAAAGGUUGACCUAGGAGUGUUAGAAUCAUAAGCAGUGCCCACUUGGUAAAGCUCUCGGCAUAUUCUUGUUGGCUCCCUGAGAAAACAAGGUGAUGGAACAGUUCGGAAAAGAAAUUGUCUACCCUUGGGCACAAAGACUACCAUUAAAUGUGCCUGAACAACACAACUGGCAAGUUUGUAGUCUAGGGUUAAAGGCAAAAUAGCCAGGGAAACAACCUUGAAACCACAAUGUAGACCAACUUCAUUUAGUUGUGUUCCAGCUUUGUAGGAUCUUUCCUGCUAUUAAUCAGUCUGCCCUUUCCCUGUGCAAGGCAGGCACACACUAAACCAGGCACCAUCUAGCAGCCACAGCGUGAUGUGAAGGGAAUGUCAGGUGAUGGAUCUUGCCCAGAUUCAAGCAUCAGGUCGGAAGCAGACACAGGGUGCUGGGAUUACAUGCCAAAAGGUAAGAAGAACCUGUCCCUGGUGCUGUAAUCCUCAGGGCCACUUUAUCUUGGCAGGAGUUUCAGGAGAAAAUAGUCUGUGUGGAAGUAUCCCUGUAAGAGAGGAGGUGUUGAACACAGCAAAAUACAUAAAUGCUGAGAAAAACCUGUUAAAAUACCUAAUGCUGCAGUUUCAGAUGUUUUGUUCUGAGAGGCACGUUAUACCCUGGAGCUGCUUUUUGUAAAUCUGCUUCGAAGUGAUAAACUAAUGGUCUUAGCCCCAGGGAAGCAAGAGCCAGUCUUGAAUAACUGAUACACAUGCUCCAAAGAUUGAUUUUAUUUUUUUCGGUAUGGGUGAGGAGCUUUUCCGUCGCUUCUUACUGGUAUAACGUUGGCCAGUCACUCUCCUUAAUAAUUCUUUAAAGGGUGGGCAAAAGUAGGUUAAUGAAGAAAAACUUGUUUUUAAUAAGGCCUGAUGAUGCCUCCUAAUUGAGUGAUGCUUGAGGGAAUGUGGUUUUCAUUGCAAAGCUUUUAUGCAAAGUCUUGAUUUGAAUGGCUCUUAAUGCAGGGGACAAAGUGAGAAUAGGUGUUCACUUGUAAAGCUGGGGUGAGUCAGUGCCAACUCAGCAGCCCCUUGGCAGAUUUCAUAUUCAGGAUGGGCCCAAAGAACUCCCAAAUACACCAGCUUCUUGUACAGAGUUGUGUUGUUUUCUGGAAAAGCGUGCAAUACAAGCCCAGCAUCCUGAGAGAGAAGUGGCUGAUUUUUUUUUGGACCAGACCAGGACUUUUCAUUAAAUACCUGGCAGUGCAGAUAGCCUGAAUAGGUGUAUUGUAUAUUGGAAGUGGUCUUCAUGUGCUCAGAAAUGAAGGUGCUUAAAAUGCCCUUGGAAACAGACCUCUUGGACUUCAGGAGAUAGGAAAAGAAAGAGCCAGUAUGAAGGCUGGUAAUCUUUGUCUGAAGGUGUUCAGUUUCCUUGAGUCUAGGCUACUAAGACUUAUAAGACAGCUGACAUGUCUUAGUAUGAUAAAAUAUACUUAAUGAAUGAAAGUAAUUUUAUUCUAAGGCUCUCAAAUGCAAAACUCCGUAUCAGUUUAUAAGGUCAGAGAAGGCUGAAGAAGGAAUGUGGUAAGGUAGAAUACACUUGCCAAAUUUUAGCAGCCAGGAUGUUUUUUCCUUACUGAGUUAAAAGGGGAUCAAGUAUAGGUAAAUCUUUGUGUCUUGUUCAUCAGCACUCAGGAUAUACAGAAGCAUUUGUUUUUGUAGGCAGCUUUCAGUGGGGAAAGGUUGUCAUUUUCUCUGCAGGUGAGCGGCAUCUCUGAAGACUCAGUGGGAGAUGGGAACAUUCAUUCCUGCCUGUAGAAGUAAUGAGAAACAAGCAUCCAAUGGAGAUUGGUGCAUGUUCUAAGUUCUUGGUGAAACUCAGGUGAGCAUCUUUCCACUAAGACACCUUGGACUAAAUGCACUAACUCCAUGUCUCCUCACUGCCAAAACCGUUCCUUCAGAUAAUCCACGAUUUCAGUUCCUUUCUUUGGCUGGCUUAUGGUUAAAAGCCAUUGGGCUUUACGGAAGAGCAAAGAGUCAUUACUGUGCAAGUAGCUUGACUUUUCCUCCAGACCUAACCAACAACUGAAGGGGAAGAUGGAGAGGGGAGUACAGUUGGGCAUUGGUCCCUCCGGCAUUGUGGUCUAAGAGAACACCAGAUACACAGGCUUUUCAGAAUUGAGACUGACUGGUAUUCCAAGUUUCCUGACCGUAACAGAUCCUGCAUACACAUUGGACAUAGACAAUAACCACAGUAUGGUGAUAGGUUAGUACUUGAUCUACAGUUCACCAUACCCAAGCCUAAUGGUGAUCAGUACAGAACUUAUUACAUGUCCUAGAUAAAUAAAGGUUAUGAGACAUACAUGGACCGCUAGGACCUGAGUAAUUAAUAUUAGAGAAUUCUUUUUCCAUUUUGAUAUCUUUGGAAGCAAAAAUCAACUUCUCAAGGAAAAAAAAGUUUUCCCACUUGCAUUGAACUGCACUGUUGCCAACUUGAAGUCUGCCUGAGGCCUCCCAGUUCUGUGUGUGGUGUUAGGAGCUUUCUUACAUGCAUGUGUUGAGGUCCCAAAGACCUCAGUCUUCGCUUGUAACUCCUUAGUGGGGGGAAAAAUACUACAAACUGACCUACAGAGAAUACCCCAAACUUAAGAUUAGACUGGAGGAGUCACAGGGAAGAAAAUGUUAUGCCUUACAGUUUGAUGUAAAAGACGGUAAGCAUGUUUCUGUGAAAUAGAAAAAAACCUUUGUGCCUAGUAUUUUAAACAGUUUCUUUUGUACUUCUGUGGAACAAUGAAGACAGGUAGCUUAUACAGUAGCAAGUUGUUCAUUCACAAAUCAGAAAUUUAUUUAGGAAGUUUUAGAAUAAUAUUGAGUGUUAAUAGUUCCCCAUACAAUUGCAGACUCUACUAGCUCCACCACCUUUCCUAGUUAGAAUGCUAGUUACUUAAACAGAAAAUAUAAAGCAAAGUGAAGCUUCAAGUUACGGAGUCUUGCAGAAAUUAUCUAAGUCAUCCAAAUAGUUCUUGCUUCUUGAGUUCACAAUUUGUCCCUUUUCCAAACAGCUCGAAGUCCUCUUACCUGCUUAAGCAUGCACUCUUCCUCCCCAAAGGAUGCUUUAGGAAACAGCACUGUGCAAGUGGCAAAUGUGCACCAUAACCAGGGACUGCCUUUGCAGAACAUCUGGAGGGAACAUCUGGAGGAAUUGCAAGUAAUUGUUCUUCGCUGCCCUGGAAGAAGAGACUAUGGCUUUCUGUCCUGCCAAGCCUGUUUCUACUCCAGCGCUACAAAACAGAGGAAAUAACAAAGUUGGAAAAGGAUAGGGAGAGCAACAAAGAUGAUAAAAGGAAACACGUGGACUGACAUGAAAUAAUACUGUGCAGAUGCUCUUGAAGAAAUUCAAUCUGACCCUGAGACUUUACCAAGCGCUCUUAGAAAGGUCAACAUACUGAAGUUAAACUGCAGUAUUUCACCUGCUCUAGAGGUCAAGGGAAGUGUUGCAUAAAAUGACAAACAUGUGAGAGAAGAGUCUGAAAACUAUUUUCAGCCUUUGAUUUCUAGAUACUGACCCACAUUCCACAUGCUGACUUCCUUAACAGCAUAGUUGCAGGGUUUUCACUGUAGGUUUGUAAACAUGACUCUUCUGAACAAAGUAUUUUGUCCGUUGCCCAAAGAUGCCUGUGAGGGGCUAGUGCAAAUGAGUAGCAAAGGCUACAGCAACUUCUCAAAACAAAAAUAAAAGCAGGCACUUUCCUUAGAGCAGGUCUUUCUCAUAUUCUUUGCAACUCAGAAGCUCCAAUAUCAGCAAGAUUUCCCAGGAGAAGCUGUUCCGGCACUUUAGUCCAUUGCACUAAUCUUUCUGUAGCCACUAGUGUCAUAGUCACAUAACUUUGAGCGUCCUGCAAGUGAUUAACUACAGAGCUGCUAAAGCAUUUGAGCUAUUUGGAAACUUGUGACUUACCCUGUACCUGAAGGCAGCUACUAAUGUGAAGUUGGUUUUAAAUUGUUCUCACUAGCAAUAAACUAUUACAUUCCAGAAUAAGUAUAUUCUUCACGUUUAACUUGUAUAUUACUGAUGCUGAGGAGGGGUCUGUUUACAUUUCCUACCCUGUUACUUUUCUUGGCAAGCAAUUACGAAGUUUUGAGAGGUUUACGGUUGUAGUGUCUCAGUCACUAAAUGAUUUACCUCAGUCAUCAUCUAAAUAUAGAGCAUUUAAUCAGAUGUCGCAGGUGCUGAGAACCCCUGUUGUCCAGACCCUAAGUAUUUAUAAACUAGGUAAGCUUGCUGUCACCAGAGAUCUUCUAUUUACAGGGCUCAGCUCAGCAUGUUAUGCAGCAGAGCCCCAAAUGCCACCGGGGCGCGUCACGGCGGGGAUCUCCGCGGCAGGGAGCCGGGGACACUGAGCUCCCCCUCAGAAAAGCGCGGGGGGUUGUCCCACCGCUCGUCCCCGCCAGGGUUAGCCGGGCCUGCUCCCCACGCUCCCCGCACCCCGGCUUAGGCUCCCGCGGGCGCAGGGCUCCUCACCCACCUCCCGCGGCCGCCACCCCGGGCUGCCCCUCCCCUCCUUUCUCCCUCCCACGACAUGGCGGCCGCCGGCCCGCCUGCCGCCGUCACGUCCUACCGGGAGCGGAAGCGGCGCGGCCUCCCUCGCCCUACCCUGGGCCCGGCUGGCGGGGCAGCGGCCGCCAUGGGCUGGGUGCGGGCGGUCCGGCAGCGGGCCCGGGGCGUUGAGGUGCUGCGGGAGACCUGCCGGCAGUACCCGCUGUUCUGCUGCCUGCUCCUGGGGCUGGGCGCCGCCACCGUCCUCCUCAACCGGUACCUUCACGUUUUAAUGAUUUUUUGGUCGUUUGUGGCCGGUGUCGUCACCUUCUACUGUUCACUGGGGCCGGAUUCCCUCUUGCCCAAUAUUCUUUUUACAAUAAAAUAUAAACCCAAGCAAUUAGAAUUGCCGGAGCUGUUUCCCCAUGGUCACAGUUGUGCUGUAUGUGGCAAGGUCAAAUGCAAGAGGCACAGACCAACUUUGCUUCUGGAGAACUAUCAGCCAUGGCUGGAUCUGAAAGUGCCUUCCAAGGUUGAUGCAUCACUCUCAGAGGUGCUUGAGUUGGUGCUGGAGAACUUCGUUUAUCCCUGGUACAGGAAUAUUACUGAUGAUGAAUCCUCAGUGGAUGAACUGAGAGGCACACUGCGUUUUUUUGCAUCUGUAUUAGUUCGAAGAAUUCACAAGGUGGAUAUUCCAACUGUUGUGACAAAGAAAAUGCUCAAGGCAGCAAUGAAACACAUUGAAGUGAUAGCCAAGGCUCGGCAGAAAGUAAAAAAUGCAGAAUUUUUACAGCAAGCUGCUUUAGAAGAAUAUGGACCAGAACUCCAUGUUGCUUUGAGAAGCCGAAGAGAUGAACUUCACUACUUAAGAAAACUUACCGAACUUCUUUUUCCUUAUAUUUUGCCCCCGAAGUCAACAGAGUGCAGAUCCCUGGCUCUUCUGAUAAGAGAGAUUUUGCCUGGUUCUGUUUUCCUUCCCUCAAUGGAUUUCUUAGCUGAUCCUGACACUGUCAAUCGUUUGCUGCUGAUCUUCAUUGAUGAUAGUCCACCUGAGAAAGCGACUGAACCUACUUCUUCUUUGGUUCCAUUUCUUCAGAAAUUUGCAGAGCCAAGAAAUAAGAAACCAUCUGUCCUGAAACUGGAGCUAAAGGAGAUCAGAGAUCAGCAAGACCUUUUGUUUUGGUUUAUGAACUUCCUGAAACAGGAAGGGGCCGUCCACGUGCUGCAGUUCUGCCUGACUGUAGAGGAAUUCAAUGACCGAAUUUUGCGACCAGAACUAUCAGAUACUGAAAAGAUGUCUCUUCAUGAGGAAGUACAGAAAAUUUACAAAACUUAUUGUUUGGAUGAAAGCAUUGACAAAAUUAGAUUUGACCCUUUUAUUGUGGAGGAGAUUCAAAGAAUUGCUGAAGGUCCAUAUACGGAUGUUGUGAAACUUCAGACUAUGAGGUGUCUUUUUGAAGCUUACGAGCACGUACUUUCUCUACUUGAGAAUGUCUUUACUCCUAUGUUCUGUCAUAGUGAUGAGUACUUCAGACACCUUUUAAGAGGAGCAGAGUCACCAACAUGCAAUUCAAAGUUUAACAGAAGUAGCCUGAGUUUGGAUGACUUCCGGACCACGCAGAAGAGAGGAGAAUCAUUUGGAAUCAGCAAAAUAGGCAACAAAAUAAAAGGUGUAUUCAAGAGUUCUGCAAUGGAAGGAGCUAUUCUGCCUAACCAUAACUUAAAUGAAGUAGAAGAUGACUUUAUCGAAGAAGGCAUUAUGGUGAUGGAAGAUGAUUCUCCUGAGGAGGCUGUUAGUACCCCAAAUACACCCCGCAACCUUUCUGCAUGGAAAAUUAGCAUCCCCUAUGUAGAUUUUUUUGACGAUCCCUCCUUGGAAAGAAAAGACAGAAAGGAGAGAAUUCCUGUGUUCUGCAUUGAUGUAGAGAGAAAUGAUAGAAGGGCAGUUGGACAUGAACCUGAACACUGGUCUGUCUACAGGAGAUAUCUUGAAUUUUAUGUGCUUGAGUCAAAGCUAACGGAAUUUCAUGGUACGUUUCCUGAUGCUCAGCUUCCCUCAAAGAGAAUCAUUGGCCCUAAGAACUAUGAGUUCUUAAAAUCCAAGAGAGAGGAAUUUCAGGAAUAUCUGCAGAAACUUCUGCAGCAUCCAGAACUAAGUAACAGCCAGCUUUUAGCUGACUUUCUGUCCCCUAAUGGAGGAGAGACUCAGUUUCUUGAUAAAAUGCUGCCUGAUGUGAAUCUUGGUAAAAUUAUAAAAUCUGUUCCAGGAAAGCUGAUGAAAGAGAAAGGUCAGCAUUUGGAACCAUUCAUCAUGAAUUUUAUCAACUCCUGUGAAUCUCCCAAGCCUAAACCAAGUAGGCCUGAACUUACCAUUUUAAGUCCGACUUCUGAAAACAACAAGAAGCUUUUCAAUGAUUUAUUCAAGAAUAAUGCAAACCGAUCUGAGAAUACAGAAAGACGACAAAAUCAGAACUACUUCAUGGAAAUGAUGACCAUAGAAGGAGUCUAUGACUACUUAAUGUAUGUUGGCAGGGUAGUUUUCCGCAUUCCUGACUGGCUGCAUCAUCUCUUGAUGGGAGGAAGAAUUCUCUUCAAAAAUACAUUGGAACUGUACACAGACUAUUACUUGCAGUAUAAAUUAGAACAGCUAUUUGAGGAGCACCGGUUGGUUUCUCUGAUAACACUGCUGAGAGACGCCGUGUUCUGUGAGAACACUGAACCGCGCUCUCUCCAGGAUAAACAGAAGCGAGCAAAGCAGACUUUCGAAGAAAUGAUGAGAUACAUUCCAGAUUUAAUGGGCAAGUGCAUUGGGGAAGAGGCUAAAUACGAAGGCAUCAGGCUUCUGUUCGAUGGGAUGCAGCAACCAGUGCUCAACAAACAGUUAACUUAUGUUCUGCUGGACAUUGGGAUUCAAGAACUCUUUCCAGAGCUGAGCAAGGGUCCAAAGGAAGCCAGCUCUGUGGCAUGUUGGAUGUGAACACAGGGACCUUGCUGGACACCCAGCAGAAAAAUCUGCUGUGCGUUAUUGUAAUGGGCAUGUGACAUUUUAACCUUGUGUUGUAUAUUUUCCUGUAAAUAACAUAAAAUUUAAGUUGUAAAAAAAUCUCUUUAUGCAAUAAAGACAUAAAAUUUAAAACAAA